AUGAUUCUGUUAUUGUCAUUUUGUCUAUUACUAAUUUUCUGGAUUAUUUCAAAUUUUCGGAAAGGAUCAAAUUUGCCUCCCGGACCCACACCUCUUCCAUUAAUUGGAAAUAUUCAUCAACUGAUUUACCUGAUAUGGAAAUUAAAUGGAAUUGUGCCAACAUUGGAUUUUUAUAGAAAGAAAUACGGAAACGCCUAUACCAUUUGGCUGGGACCAAUGCCCACUGUCAACAUAACGGAUUACGAAAUGGCUCAUGAGAUUUUCGUUAAAAAUGGGAAAAAGUGUCAGGAUCGACAACUGGCGCCAGUUCUUGAGCAUAUUUCAGGCGGCCACGGCAUCCUAGCGGCGAAUGGAGAAAACUGGGCAGAAAUGAGGCGAUUCACUUUGCUCUCCUUUCGAAAAAUGGGAGUGGGAAGUGGCCUAAUGGAGAAGAAGAUCAUGGCUGAACUUGAUGGAAGAUGCUCCGAACUGGACGCUGAAAUUGAUAAGAAUGGAAAAGUGACAGUUCCAGUCGAUUUCUUCGAUUUGACAGUUGGAAGUGUUAUCAAUAGUUUGCUGGUUGGAAAGCGAUUCGAUGAGAAUUCAAAGGACGAAUUUUUGAAAAUCAAAAAAAUGUUCGAUGACUCAUCGGAGACGUUUAACCUUUUCGAUUUGAAUGUGCCUGUGUGGUUUUUGAAAUGGGUGCUUCCUUGGAGGUUCCGAAUCACGUGGGAUGCAAGACAGAAUAUUUUGAGUCAUGUGGGAAAAGAAGCGGUUGAGAGGUUUCAAAAACUGAAAGAUGGAACUUAUGAUCUGGAUUCUGAGGAACCUAAAGAUCUAGUGGAUUGCUUUUUGGCAAAAAUGAGAUCAGAAAAUGAAAAAGGACAAGAUGGCCAUCCAGGAUACAACAUGGACGCUCUGAAACUCGUGCUCCACGACUUAUGGCUCGCUGGUCAAGGCACAACUGCCACUUCUCUCUACGUCGGGUUCUUGAAACUUGUGACCCAUCCAUCCGUGAUUUUGAAAAUUCAAAAAGAGCUUCUAAAAAUCACCCAAGGCUCCAGGGACCUCACUCUCCAGGACAGACCCAACACACCAUACUUAAAUGCCACAAUUGCAGAAAUUCAAAGAUUCACUUCGGUGUUAAAUGUGAAUUUUUGGAGAAUAAAUGAUGAAUUAAUCAGCUUUCGAGGAUUCCAAGUUCCGGCUGGAACAAUGAUGACUGCUCAAAUUGGAGCUCUUCAUGUGAAUGAGCAACUUUUCGAAAAUCCAGAUGAAUUCGAUCCGGAGAGAUUUUUAAGGAACGAAAAGCUUCUUCAACAAUUGAUACCAUUUGGAAUCGGAAAACGAUCGUGUGUAGGAGAACAGUUGGCACGAUCGGAGCUGUACUUGGUCCUGGGAAACUUGCUACUUCGCUACGACAUCCGUGCUCAUGGUGCACUUCCAACCAACAUGGAUGUGUUCCCGUAUAGUUCUGCAAAACUUCCCGACACUUCUGGAAAAUUUGAAUUCAGAAAGAUUCAAAAAACGUAG